AUGGCCAUGGCUUCUUUCACUUCCACUGCCUCUCCUCUCUCCCUCUCCCAUCCCUACGCAACUCCUACUCGAUCCAGAUCCCCAAUCCGUGCCGUGCCGCCAAGCUGCGCAAACGGUUCGGAAGCCCAGACGCAGGGGGUGGAGUUCGGGAUUGGAUCCGCUGCUCAGUUUGGUUCCGCAGAUCUCAAGAAGGCUGUGCAUGUCAAUGAGAAUUUCAGACGAGCUAACUUUACAUCUGCUGAUAUGAGAGAAUCCGAUUUUAGUGGCUCCACAUUCAAUGGUGCUUAUCUAGAGAAGGCUGUUGCAUAUAAGGCAAACUUUUCUGGUGCUGAUUUGAGUGAUACAUUGAUGGAUCGCAUGGUUCUUAAUGAAGCUAAUCUCACAAAUGCCGUACUUGUGAGAUCAGUUCUGACCCGCAGUGAUCUUGGUGGUGCGAUCAUUGAAGGUGCUGAUUUCAGUGAUGCCGUUUUGGACCUCUCCCAGAAACAAGCAUUGUGCAAGUAUGCAAAUGGGACAAACUCAAUAACGGGAGUUGACACUAGAAAGAGUCUUGGAUGUGGAAACACCCGACGUAAUGCAUAUGGAAGCCCUUCAUCCCCACUCUUGAGUGCACCACCUCAGAAGCUUCUUGAUCGAGACGGAUUCUGUGAUUCAGCAACUGGUCUUUGUGAAGCAAACUAGAACAAUAUAUUUAUAUGAGCAGUUUGUAUACAUAGAGUGGAAGAGGAGGAAACAUGAACUACAGUUGACAGCUAUUGUAAUUAUUAUGUCUUUUGAACUUUUCAUGGGAUCCAUUAGAGUAGAGUCCUUCAAAUUUUUACAUUAUGAUCACACAUUGUUUUAAGUGUGAAUGUAUAGUUAGUAAUUUUCGCACACAGCAAGAUUAAUGUAACACUGUAUUGUUAGCUAUA